AUGCAGGAGAAGAAUGUCGGUACGUGGAACUGUUUGAUUGAUGGAUAUAUGAGACCAGGUAAUGUGGAAGUAGCGGAGUCGUUGUUUGAUGAGAUGCCUGUGAAGGAUAUCAUCUCAUGGACGAGUAUGAUCAGAGGCUACUCGCGUAACAAGAGGUAUAGAGAAGCAAUCUCCGUGUUUUAUAAAUGA